UGACGGGGGCGGAGCGAGGCUCUCCUCAGCGCCGCGGUCCGGCGGUUCUGAGGGUCCCCGCAGGGGCAGGGCGGGGGGUCUGGCGUCGUUAGGGGCCCGAUGGGUUUUGCGGUUCCCGUAGCGGCAGGGCCAUUGCCCCGGCAGCCCUCGGUUCCCCACAGCCGCAGCACGGCUCUGACGUCUGGUUAGGGGCGGAAGGCCUGGCAGCUCAAGAGCCGAUCCUCCCCCUGCGUGGGGCUGGGGGCAGCGCUGCUGUAGGCCUCGGUUAGAAAUCCCUGCUGUUGUAAGGGAGGACUGGGGCCUUGACGUUUGUUUUGCCACAGCAGGGCCAGCAGAGAGAUCCCUGUAGGUGUUGUGGUGGGUCUGAGCCUCUGCAGCAGAUGUGGGUGGGGAAGGGCUGCUGCUGUAGGCGCAGGUUGGGUCUCCUGUGCUGUGGGAGUGUUUGGAUGUAGGUCAGGGACCCUCUCUAUUUUUUUUCUAUGCAGAGAUCCCUGCGGGUAUAGACACAGCCAGCAGGUGGAUAGCUUAGAGAUUGUCCUCAGGACCAAGGGAUCUCAGUUCAGGGCUCUGAGAUCACUGGAAGGUUCAGACCAGCACAGCUUUAUUUCAAACAUCCCAUAGGCAAAGUGUAGGACAGGGCUGCCUGCAGGUUCUUGUGGCACGCAGCCAGGCCACAAACAGUGCCGGACUGCGGGAGCCUCCAGGAGUCCUUCACACGUGGUGCUCUGCUUGCAGCUGGGGACGAGGGACGAGCACUUCAGCCUGCUGCUGGAAGCAGCGCCUGCCAGUUGUGGCUCUUCUAUGCCUGUAGCUGAUAAUAACCAUGCCAGCUCAGGAGGACAGAUGGAUUUCUUCCUUCUCUUUCAUGCUCUUCUGUGCUGUCUCCAUUCCAAUGCUGGGAAGUGCAAGUCUGCUGCAGGAGUUGAGCCCCCACGAGUAUUUCAGUGGCUUGCAAGCUAGCAAGGCUUCCUUGGCUUAUUUCAGCCAUACUGUUUCUCCUGGUGCCCAGCCCUUCUUGGAACAGAUUGAAAACUCGGUUGAGGCUCUGCAUGACUAUGGCAUUUCAGUGGUGAAGGUCAAGUGUUCCAAAGAGGAUGUCUCAAGAUACUGUGGAAAAGAGAAUGCGUUAAGGAAAGCCUACCUGUUCAGAGGUAACGUUCUGAUCAGAGAAUUCCCUACUGACGCCUUGUUUGAUGUGAACUCCAUUGUUGCUAAUGUUCUUUUUGCCCUGCUGUUUAAUGAAGUUAAGUAUGUUGAAACACCGACGGAUCUUCAGAACAUAGAAAAUGCACUGAAAGGGAAAUCAAACAUGGUCUUCGCAUAUGUACCAGCUACUGGAACAGCAGAGCACAGAGCUGUGAUGGAGGUGGCUUUUGUCUAUGGAACUGUCCACCAGUUUGUUCUAACAACUGAGGCAACGCUGCUGAAAGACACUGGCAGCAAGGAGCCUGAUGUAUCAUCUGCCCAGCUGUUGUUCUGCCAUUGCCAGCAGGCCGUGGACCUGGCACAGCCCUGCAGGAGGACACCCUUGGAGCAGGAUCUGACAGUGCUAAACAUCCACAGACACCUCAAGCUCAUGGGAGCUCCUCUUGUGACUGAAGUUGCUGAAGACCCAGAGAAAGUUUCCACUGUUCACUUACAGCUUGGGCUUCCGCUUGUGUUCAUCCUCAGCCAGAAGGAAACUUACGAGGCAGACAGGAGAACAGCAGAAUUUUUGGCCUGGAAACUUCUGGGGAAAGCAGGAGUUGCCAUUUUGUCCAGGGACCGGGUGAAUUUGAACAUUCUGCGGCGGACCAACAUUGCUCUCAAAACACCGGAUGAGGGAGUGCCAAUCAAAUACCUGGUCUUGGAAGACACUGAGGAAGUUAUAACUCUGGUGGAAGAUAAGAGCAAGGUUAAACAAAUCCAGGAGAAUGAGGAGGAAGAUGAGGAAGAUGAGGAUGAAAAAGAGAAUGACAAUCAAGACAUACAGGAUGAUCAGGUGGUGGAAGCAGUUUCCAGGGACAAGAAGCGAGAGCUGCCCCUGGAUCAGAUCCUUACCCUGACAGAAGAGACCUUUCACUCUGCCAUGGUGGAAGCUGCCCAGACAGUGGUGCUGUUUUAUGCCAGCUGGGAGGCAGUGUCCCUGGCAGUGCUACAGUCUUACACAGAGGUGGCUGAUCACCUGAAAGGAACUCAGGGGAUUUUGCUGUCUCGAUUAAACUGCUGGGACUGGCCUGGUGUUUGCACAAUGGAGAAUGUCACUCAGUUUCCUACCAUAAAGAUUUACAAGAAGGGAGAGCAACCAAUAACGUACAGUGGCAUGUUGGGAACUGAAGAACUGACCAGUUUCAUCGUGUUGAGUCAAGUCUCUUGCCCUCUGAAGCUGGCAACGAUUGAUGAAGCAGAACGGUAUUUAAGAGGAGAGCUUCCAUCUGAGCUGUCGUCCUAUCGCCACUCUUUUGUUCUGGGAGUAUUCAGCACAGCCACAAGUAAAGUCAGGGAAGCCUUCACAGAGGCAGGAAGCAUCUUAAGUGGGCACGUAACAACAGGGAUGUAUUUCGAAGAUGAUGUCUUGGCUUUGUCCCAUAAAUAUGCAGUGUCUCCUCCUGCCCUCCUCCUUGCCAGGAGCAGCAGUCAGAGCGUGGAAGGCAUCGCUUUGUCCAAGCAGAGUGCACAGGACAUCGUGGAGAUGAUCAGAUAUGAGCUGCUGGACCUUUUUCCAGAAAUCACCGUGCAAAAUCUGCCCCACUACUUGCAACUCGGAAAGCCUUUCCUCAUCUUGUUUAGUGACGGUGACAUUGGUCAAACAGAAAGCAAGGAAAUGCUGACACUGGCAAAAGGGAGAUCUCAGCAAGCAUUUGUGUCGUGCUGGUUGAACUUGAAGAACACUCCAGUGGGCCGUGGGGUCCUGAAGGCAUACUUUGCCACCAUACCUUCAUUGCCUGCUCUUGUCUGGGUGAACCUUCAUGCUGGAGGUCAAGUGUUUAAGUUCCCAUCAGAGCAGUCAAUCACUGAAAUGAACAUCUUAUCUUGGCUGGAGAAACUGAAGGCAGGACUGGAGAUUCCCAGCAGUACCCUGUCUGAGGAAGACUGGAAACCACCUCUUCCUGCUUACGAUUUCCUCCAGAUGAUGGAGGCCGCAGGGCCCGAAUUCACCCUCCAUACCUCCUCUCACCAAGAGGACAGACAGGAGCAGCAGCAGCUGCAAGGCUCUGAAGAAAAAGCCACAAUCAGAGAGGAACUGAUUGAGCAAGUCGGGGUGAAAGCAGGGAAAGCCCAGGGCCCUGGGAGGGACCUGCGGGGCACAGCCCCAAGGUUGGCAGGCAGGGAAAAGCAGGCCAGGAGGCACAGUGAGCUGUGAGAGCAGGAGGCUGUGGGACAGUGCCCUCAGUGAGCCUUUGCAGCAGAGAGAGAAGUGAGUUCCACUGUAAAUUGACAGGAAUGGCCCUUAAGUUUCGGUCUAAAUUCUGUGUUGCAGUUCUGUAGUUCUGUCUGUAGUUCUGUUGCAGGUAGUCCUGUGGUACCUGUGAUUUCUGAUAGCAGAAACACAUCCAUACGACACGUAGCUUGGCCCUCCUGCGUGCAGGCUGUGUUGCAUUUCACAGUGAAUUGUGAGAGCAGGUCUUCAUGAAGGUUGCUGCUGAGUUCUGCCUGCCUGUUCGUUAGUGGAGAGCAGUGAGCUCACUUGGCGUACAGAGGGCUUGCCCACACAGACAUUAUGCCAGAAAAGUUGAAACACUGCAGCUUUUCUUCACAGUUUCUAUAUAUCUGAGCAGGAAGAGAGCGAGUGAUUCCGGGAUAAAGAACAUUUAUCUUCCCUUCGUUUCAGCAGAGGCUCUACAGAGCUGUGUUGGCAAGCUGUGCUCUCCAUAAACAGUUAAAUCUGCACGGUAACUGUGCAGAGCUGGGAGGGCAAACAUACCUCUGGCUGGAAGGCUGAAGUGUUUAAACUGACAUGCGAUUGUUUACACCUGAGUGGUGAACUGAAUCCAUGGGUGUUCUCAUUCCCAGGGGUAAUAGCAUAUCUGGCUAAAGCAGCUUUAUUAUGAAGAGCUCAGGUCAUCACAACAGCUGCGAGUACCCAAAAUAAGGAUUUGCCAGCAAAGCCCAAAGGCGGGCAGAUUGGAAGGUGGCUUUGCUCAAUGCUGGCAUUUUCUUGGUUGUGAGCCCAGGGGGUUAUUUACAGCUUCUGCUAGUUUUCUUUGGUCUGGGUAACAGCAGUGAGGUUGGUGCCUUCUGAGCCAAGGAUGGUGCAGGAAAUGAGGUCUGCAGAAAGACCAGCGCAGAGAUAAGGAGAAGUGGGAGGCAAGGCUGGCAGUAUUGGGGACAGGUGGUGCCAAUGUGGGACAGAGCUGUUUCACAUCCUUCUGGUGAUGAGUGAGAGAUCUGGGGCGUGGGGAAGUGGCAUUUCAGCCUCUGCUCCUUUCCUUGGGACGGUCUGAUUCCGUGCUGCAAGACAGCAUGGGACAUGACCUGGACAGAGCAAUGUUUUAGGAACAAAGCUUUGUCUAAUUCCACUAAUGGCCACAACAGUCUUCCCACUGCCUUUAGUAAACAUCUGCUCUGUUCCACAGCCCUGCUGAGAUGUGAGGGGAGGGUCAGGUCCUCCCCCUGUUUGUGGCUCUGAAGCUACUGGUGAGGGGAAAAAAUGAUGUUAAGGAUCUGCUGAGAGCCCUGUGAAGUCUCUCUCGUCCUGCAAGCAGCCCACAUAGAUGGGAAUAUUUUGAAAUGCCAAGGAAUAGACCAUUAGUUCUGUGCCCUCCAUGCAGCCCAUAAUUGAAACAGACCAUUUUUGGACUCUGACAGGCUCAGAGCCAGAACGUAUGUAUUUAAAGUAAUAAAUGUGCAGUACACAGUCUUCCAUGCAGCUGCAUUUUCCCAAGAAAAGGAGUAGGUCAGUGUGCAAGCAGAGCCUCUGUGAGUUCCCAUCAUUCCUCUGCAACUCAAAUUUGUAACACUGUGCUCCAUGACCUGUACACGGGUAAUUUCCAGCACUAACCCAGCACUGGUGGCUGCUUUCCCUCUUACUGCAUCACUCUUCAGGCAGACAAAGUGCAAUGUUUGGGCUUUUCAUUCAUCUCUUAAAUAAACUCUUAUCUCAAGUUCAACUUGAGAUCUGCAUUUGGGUCCUGGAGCAGCAUGUCUAGGAUGGAAGCACGCUUCCAGGAAGGCUCCUUGGCUGCUGAGUGCAGUUGCAGGAGGAUCACUGACUUAGCAGAUUUUGUGCAAUACCAGGAGCCUUCCCGGAUCCCCGCUGCUUUUGGCUGCGUGUCAUUUUUCUAUCACAGGUCUUCGCUGCUCAGCAUCCAAGUAGAAGCCUGUCACUAGGGGUCAGUGCCACAUCUCAGUUCUGGCUGGAAGAAUUGCUGCCUCUCGUGCUGCUUAAUCGAUCCUGGAGAGCUGCCAUCAAAGCAAUGGGGGUCCAGGAAACUGAUACCCUGUGAGGGUGCUGAUGGCUGAGGGCCUGUUUGCUGCUGGGGAGGGGGGGACAGUGGCUGCAGGAAGCCAAAGGGCUGGGGGGCUCACAGCUCUGGGGGUUUUAGCACCCAUAUCACCAGUGGGUUCCCCAACCCUGAGCCUCCCAGCAGGGAAGUGCCAGGAGCCCUGAGCCCAGCCAGCAGCUCUGUGCAGCCACGGCUGUAGGCACCACGGAGGAGACAUGCUUGGCCACAUCUCAUGGCCAUGGGCUGUGUUAGGUGGGGCUGCUGGCCCUGAGCACAGGUGUGGGUCAGGGUCCUGGGCUGCAUCAGGUCUCAUGGUUUGACUCUGGGUUUGACUCCUCAGCGCUUGGGCAUGGAGGAAAUCUUUACAGGCAUGCGUGUACCGGGAUAUGGGCAUAUAGAAAGAAAAUGUUCUGCAUAUUGAGAGCAGUUUGUUGUCUGCAUCUUACAGCCUUCGCAUUCGCUGGCAGCAGCAGUCCUGCAUUGUGUUCGUUUUAGUAGCUGUGGCUCUGAGAAGACCAACAUGGAAAGAAAUAAUAAAUGCUAAUGGCCUCGAGUGAAAAGAGCUGAGAAAGAAGAGCUCUGCAUCCCAAGGCAGCUGAGAGGUGUCUGAGGUGUCUUUGAUUGAACAGAAGAUAAAAUGAGGAUACAAAACAAGGAUUACAUGGCUGUGUUUGAGUGCAAGACAGUUUAACUCAGUGCCCAGCACUGUACGGAGUGCUCCGGGAGCUGUGGUCUGACUGAGCAGGGAAGGAGAGCAGUGCUCACUGCAGGGACUAAGGGAGCAUGUAGGAUGAGCUUUUCACGUUUAAAGAGCUUUUAGAAGAACUGUUACAGAGUGUUUCUGGUCUGUGGCUCAGCUGGUGGGCAGCAGACUGAUCCCCUUGGAAGCCAGCCCUGGGGGUUUGGUUGCAUCACCAUGGACAUGAAAGCAGUCGUGUUCUUGCAGCUUUGUGACCCUCUGGGUGAACCACAGCUUUCCUCAGGUGGGAUGGAAGGUGAACAUUCCAAAUCAGCUGUUAUCAACCCAUCCCUGCCUCGGUGCCCCAGACCACCAGUGGCCACAGACCCUGUUGUUGGCUAUGCAGUGGGAAUACAGCCAUAGGAUGGCUAAAGAUGUGGCUGCAGCAGGAGGAAGCAUGCAGGAGCAGAUGUCAUGGGAAGGACACGUGCCUGUGUGUGGGCAGCUGCCAGCGCUGCCAGGAUGUGAACCAAGACAAGAGCUGGUGUCCUGGCUUGUGUCACUUGUGCUCAUCAGUUCCUGGUGCCACAGGGAUGGAACGUCUGGCGAGGCUGGGGGAAGGAGGAGGAGGAUGGCAGCCUUCCUGGAGCUGUGGCUGGGGAAGAGCUACCAGCUGAGGCUCUUUGAACAGCCCCUGUGGUGAGGGGCGCAAGGCAGGUGGGCCUCGUUCAGGGACAUCCAGUUUUAAAAGCAUCGGGCUGCAAUCCAGGGCCCUGGAGGGGAUGGGAGAAGGGAAGGAGCUGGUGUGGUGUUGGCAUGAGGUGGCAGAGGAGCUGCGCUGACGCACAUCUGGGACAGGGAGGGUGCAGGAUGGAGCUGGGAUGUGAGAUAACGAGUGGCCCUGGGGCGGGCCGGGUUUCCUUAUUGCUGAGGAUGUGUGCCUGAUGCUUCCAUUGAUGAAAAUACAGCUGUGCUCCCAGUCGUGGCCAGGGGACAGAUGGGGACUGCGGUUCCCUACAGGGCAGCUGCCACACGUGGCUUCAUGUGUGUCCUGCUCAGCCAGACAGGGGCUGGAUCCCCUCUGCCUCCUUCCUUCUGGAGCUGAGAAUCCCCACACACCUUUUCGCUCUAUUUUCCCUUCCCAACAGAGAGAUGCCACAUCCCAGCAUCUCCUCCUGGGGUUACAUCCAUCGCCCUAAGGUGUCUUGCUUCGUCCCCAGGCUGAGCGACGCAGGUGUCCGUACAGGAGACUUGCCCAGCCUGAGAGGCCAGAAGAAGGGGAGCUCAAGUUGGAAAAGCAGGAAUCAGAAUGGGCCAAGCAAGGCAGAAGUGGGGACGGAGCGCAGGUGGCGAGUCCUGCAGUGCCACGUGGCUGCUCUUUGUUCAUUGUUCCCUCCUGGCUGAGCGGAGCCAGCGCGGGGACAGGAGACGAUAAGGGAGGAGAGGGCACUGCUCUGGUUCCUGCUCCCCGACAGCUUGUUUCCUCACUCACCUGACCUCUCCUUAGGUAAACUCAGUGCUUUGCCUCUUGCAGUUUGCUUUGCUCUCAACACAACGCGGGGCUCUCAGAAAACAGCCCGGCUCUAUUAAUAGCCCGCAGGGUUGCCAAAUCCCUUCUGUGUGUUGAAAGAAGGGCUGCAACACCAUGAUUCAACCCUCAGUGGUAAGAAAGGAGCUGUGCUGGAAGGGUCCUGGCCUGGAGGGUCAUGUCCAAUGUGGAGCAGAGGUGGGGACGGCCCUUUGCUCCAUUGGCCAUGGAUUUCUUGGCUUGCUUGCAACACAAAUAAUUGUAUCGCUAAACUCGGUCUUGUUCCUUGCUGCUGGCAGAUGCCCAAACUGCAGAGCUGGACUUGAUGGACUUGUGUUGCAUCUGCACCUGGGAUGGAGGCAAAGCAGGACCACCUCAAAGGGGGCAAAGCCGUGGAGGAGUCACUGCAGUUCCUUGCGCUCAGGUGGGGAUGAAAUCCACCAUGUCUCUGUCCCAGCCUUCUGCUGUGACCUGUCCUGCCUGGAGGAGAGGGAUGGCAUCUCCUUGAAGCCCUGUUGAAUUUCCUAACUUGGGGUCUUGUCUCCAGCAGCUGGGCUCAUUGGGAGCUGCCUGUGCUGGCAAAUGGGAGCUACAGAAUGAUGGAUGACCCUUGAAAUGCUCUGGGUAACCCUGUGUGCAGCCUGGGGGAUGUGGUGAUCCUAUGGGCACCCUGGGGGAUGUGGGGCCUGUGAAGAGAGGUGGGGUCCUGGGCACGGGGUACCCCAGGGGUACGGCUGGAGGAUGCUCUGCUAGGAUCUCAUCCCGGUGUAGAGGUGAGCAGAGGAGGGAGCCCCAGCUGCGAGCGGGCCAGGCACUAACAGCAAGGCAAAUAUUUAGAAAGGCAGGUAUUGCCCAAAAAUAAAUGCAAAUGUUUUCAGGAGCAAAGCUGGAACGGUGACAGCGUCCAUGGGCAGCGGAGUGAGCCACCCAGCCUGGGGGACAGAGCAGGGCCAGCUCCUGCACAGUGUGCAAGGUCUAUCGGGCUUUUUUAGCUGAGCUUCUUGGAGACACCAAACCCCUGCAGCCCUGCCUGGCCGUGAGCAGCCAGGACAGCAGCUCUGCUCCUGUAGGGCAGCCAGAUGUGCUCACGGCUGCCAGCUGUGCGGCACGCAGUGAUUCAGCCCACUCCCAUGGGCAGCUAUUGCAUAUGCAGAGCCGGGCAGCCCUCCGGCCCCCGGGGCUGUGCUGAGUCACCCAGCCAGGUGCAGGCCUGCCAGCCCUCACGGGAUGUGAGCACAGCUGGAGCCUGGGGGGAACGUGCACUCUGGUGACCCCACGUCCUGCCACCACAUCCCCAGCGCACCCACUGCUGGCUGUGCUGCUUAAGGGAUGUGAGGGGGAAGAGGCUGAGGGAUGCAGCAGAUCCCUGUGGCAGGCAUCCUGCUCUGAGGGCCUGGCACGCAGCCGGAUCUGUGUCACCAAGCAGGCACCAGGCACCGGUGCCAUCUGGAUCUGGUUCCUUGGCGGCGAUGACGAGCACAGAGCGCUGCUCCAGUCUGCAUGUUUCUGUGUUUCCCUCCUGCUAAAAACCCCUCUUUUUUUCCCCAAGCCACCGCUGGCUGCCCUGGGACGAAUGCGGUUUCCAAAAGGUGUCAAAACCCAACCCAUGGCCAAGCGUGGGCGCGAGCGCAGCUCACACCCAGAGUGCACAUAACCCCGCUGGCUCUUAAUGAAAAGUGCAACAAAUAGAAGUUCACAGCCCUAUUGAGCACAAAUCCAGGGGGCUGGGGGCGGCAAGGACCCACAGGGACCUAUUGCUGUUCCCGAUGGCUCAGGACGGAGGCAGCAGCGAGGCGCUGCGGAUGCAGCAGCCCUUGAGGAGCACCAGGAGUUGGUUUGAGGUCAUCUUCCUGCACAGCUCAGAUUUGCCCUGGGAGCUGUUUUUUGGGAUGGUGCAAUGGGGGGUGGAAUCCAAAAGUGUGACGAUGACAUCAAAACCCAGGAUCUAUGGAAGAAAGCCACCUGAAACACUGCGGGUCCUUCUUUCCUCGCCAUGCUAUUUGCAGCUGGGUAUGGGUCAGGAGCUGGGCUCUUUGGUGGCCAUAGCACUGGCUGCUGUGUCACCUAUCCCCACCGUUGUGGAUCACAGGACACAGAGCCCUGGGGUCGUAUCACUGGAAUGAUUUGUGCUGAAGACAACAGGACACAUCUCCAGCCAGAACGAGGUCUGUGGCGUUUUGCUUUCUCUCUGCUGCCCGAUUCCCAGGGAAUGGGAAGGGCUUUGCAACACAGCCAGGCUCCUCAUGGCAAAGCUUCAACUAUUCUCCGGCCAGGCGAUGCAGCAGUGCUGGAGGAGCAGGGCCAGCUGGCUCUUCCCAGCUAUUUCCCCAUGCUUGUGGGCUCAGCAGCCCAGCCCAGAGCACAGCCCACUGCUCCUGCUGCCCCCACAUCUUCCACCUCCUGAUGGCACCGGCAGAGCCUGGGUGGGAUGCGGGAUGUAGGGACACCCAGCUGGGAAAAGUGGACACCCCCACCCCGUCUCCUUUUAAUGAUAAGGAGCAUUUCACCUGGUCCAAAAGUAAGGGUUUGAAUUUCCUCCACUCUUGCUACAGGGCAGUGGUCACUUCAGAUGAGUUUGGGGUGGGCAAGCAGGCUGCUGAUGGCUGCUGAACAUCUCCAUCUCCAUGCUGGGUAUCUCCAUCCCAACACUGAACAUCUCCAUCCCAACGCCGAGUAUCUCCAUCUCUCUCACUGCUGAACAUCUCCAUCGCAGUGCUGGACAUCUCUAUCCCAAAGCUGAAUAUUUCCAUCUCCAUUUUCUGAAAAACACCCUGCGAGAGUCUUAGACCCUCAGGAAGGAUGAGGACCUCAUACUGACAUCCAACAAGAAUGGAGACUCCCCAAAAGAUGUUCCCCGUUAGAAACACAUGCCCAGUGCCGAGCCCCGGGGUAAAGCCAAGGCUGUGAUGCUCCCUGUUUUCCUUCCCGCUCCUGGCAAAGCUCUGCCCUCCAUCAGCCAAACAAUCCUGCCCUGUCCCCCUGUCCUCUGGCUCUAGCAAAUCUGAGCAGGGGGACAACACAGUUCAACAGAGUGUAGAACAGCGCUCGGAGCACGGCAGUGCAGAGGCAGUGCCCAAAGCAAACACAGUCCUGCGAAAAAAUCCUUCCCAGCUUAGUGCACCCUUCUAAAAACACAGAAUGACUUCAGAGAAAUGUGAGAAAACAUGAGCUGCUCACCCUGAGAGGGAAAAUAGCAUGGGAGCCAUAGGACGGAGCCUGCAGGCUGCAGCCACGUCCCCAUUGCAGAGGAUCCUGGGGCCGUCAUGAUGGCCAGGAAGGGCUGAGCUCUCUUAAAGAGCAGUUGGAUGAUGAAUGUGGAGUUGGAAACCUCUUACAGAAGGGAUGUGCCACAGCAGCUCACUUCAGCUCCCUGUCCAAGAGAGAUUAUUAAUUAUAAACAUUGCAAAUCUUCGUGAUCCAUAUUCAUAAUUGCAGUGCAUCCAUCACACACUGGGAAAUCAUUGAGGGAAAGCAUGGGCUGGAGGCACGGGGCAGUUGUAACCGUUGCUGUUGGGGAGCACGAGCAGGAAAGCGUCAUGCACAGGAGGAAGAGCGGCCCCAGUGCCCCUCUUGUGCAAUGGCUCAGCAGAGGGGAGAGGCACUGGGAGGAUGCUCAGAGGGGGAAGUGGCCUCCUGAGCAGCCCUGGUUCUCCUGGGGCCGGUUGUCCCAUCUCGGGCAGCACUGCCUGCAGGGAAACUGGCACAGCCAUUCCCAGCAGCCAGACGUGCCAGGAAACAUUUUGCCUCGUCUUCAGCAUCUUCGUGCUCUUCAAAUGGUGCUGGAGAGGUUCAGGUUGGAUGCUGGGAAACAUCGUUUACUGAAAGAGAGGUGAUGCUCUGGCACAGCCGCGCGGGCAGCGCUGAAGGGGUCCAAGAACCAUGGAGACGUGGCACUGGGGGAAAUGGACAGCGGGCACGGUGGGAAUAGGCUGGGGGUGGGCUUGGGAAUCUCCAAAGUCUUUUCCAACCUUGUUGGUCCUGGGAUUCCCUAUCCACCCCGUGGACAUGGCCCUGCAGUGGGAGCGGGGGCUGCGGAGGCGCAGCUGGGGACAGCCGUGAUGGGCUGGCGCCAGGGACAUGGGAACACUGGGCCAGGUGCAGGGAGCCCUGGAUGUGGGCUCCCCAAGAGCCAUCACGGCCUGAAAGGAGCUGCUCCCAUUCCCAAUUGGAUGGAAAAGGUCUGUAGGGGAGGAAAUAGCAGCUGCUCAUGGCAUUUGCUCUCUCGUGUGUACACCCACUCGGCACAGCAAACUCCACCAACCUCGGUGAUCCAUGGGGCCAAAGCUCUGGUAGCACGAAUGUCUGUGGAUAAACACAGGCAGAAGCAAACAGUUCUGGAAUGGCUUCGUGUAAACACAGCCAGAGCUCUUUUCAACUCUGCUCCAGACUCUGUCCGCUUUGAAAUCUCACAUCUGUCCCGGCCAACAUCGUCCCCUCCUGCCCUUCCCUCCCACCCAUAG